UCCACAGGAGACGAGUGAACCUCACCAACACACAAUCACAGCGACUUCACAAAAAAACCCUAAUAAUCCCCUCCAUUUCCUUCGACCAAAAUAAACAUCAGGCAAACAUCGCAGUCCCAAAACCCUAAUUCGGAGCAGAAGCAGCGCAACAUCAACAAUGGGGAUCGAUUUGAAGGCAGGAGGUAAGUCGAAGAAGACGAAGAGAACAGCUCCUAAAUCCAACGAUGUUUACCUUAAACUCCUCGUCAAACUUUACCGUUUUCUCGUUCGUAGAACUGGUAGUAGCUUCAACGGCGUCGUUUUGAAGAGGCUUUUCAUGUCGAAGAUCAACAAAGCUCCACUUUCUCUAUCUCGUCUCAUUACUUACAUGAAGGGAAAGGAGGAUAAAAUUGCAGUGAUAGUUGGGGCUGUAACUGAUGAUAUUCGAGUGUACGAGGUUCCUGCAUUGAAAGUAACAGCAUUGAGGUUUACUGAAACUGCAAGAGCAAGGAUUGAGAAAGCUGGUGGUGAAUGUCUCACUUUCGAUCAACUUGCUCUUAGAGCUCCUCUUGGACAGAACACUGUUCUUCUCAGAGGGCCAAAGAAUGCUAGAGAGGCUGUUAAGCACUUUGGCAAAGCACCUGGUGUCCCACACAGUCACACUAAGCCAUAUGUGCGAGCAAAUGGUAGAAAAUUUGAGCGUGCUAGAGGUAGGAGGAACAGCAGGGGAUACAGGGUUUAAGCUUGAUUACCUUAUUUUUGAAACUCUUGUGUUUCCUGUCACAGCUAUUAAAGUUUUGUUGGAGUUGGUAGUCAUUGUUAACCAGAUUUACUUAUCCUUAUUUUUCUUAUAAGAAUUUUUGUUGUCCGGUGAAUUGGACGGUUUUGGUUAUUGUAGUUUAUGAAAUAUCAUGCGGUCCCUUUUCUUCUGA